GUGAUGAUGAAAUUGUCAAUUACGCAACAAAAACAAGUCGGAUUCACAGACUGAAAUUCUGAGUUUGAGUUUUUGUUGAGCUUACUGUUUUCGUGGCAGUAGUCCAUGACAAUUUGAAUGGCCGCAAAUCAAUCGCAGCAGUCGGACGGAGAAGAGCAAGUGAGAUUAGAGAAAGGAAAACACUAAUCGAGAUACCACAGCUUUGGAAGAGUUUCACGAAGGCAGACAUUUUCUAUUCGCACGGGAGCCAUCAAUCAAUGGUGCAUGAGCAAAGCAAAAUCAAAGGCAAAAAAUUGCGAGUCUAAUUGCCGUUAUCGAAUUCUUCCCUCCGAGCUUCGCCUCUUUCUAGCUCUGGCUGUUGCAAAUCCACUGUACUUUGGUGCCUCCUUUGAUUUUCAGGUCCCCCUGAUAUGAACUACUUUGUCAUGGCCGUCCUGCCGAUCCCAGCUUGGAAUAUUGAAGGCCAUCCCAACAUUCACAGCAUAGGUGAUCCACCGUCUUCGAGCACAGCAGAAAUCCAAAAUCCAGUGUCAGUUUCGGUGUUAUUAGACUUUGCCCUUGGUGGCGUCGUGUAGAUCAACUGUGAAAUAGAUAGCAGCAUCCGUUCAGUGGACCGCGCAUAAGCGGUCAAUAGAGUGUUUAAUAGUGCAGGCAGUCUAGCGGAUCAAGAUCCUAGAGGGAGAAGAGUUUAAUACUAGAGGUGUUUACGUUUUAUCUGAACAUUUGAUGUGCAAGUGAUCCGUAAUCGUGAAGGAAGAUGUCCGCUACGUCGUCUAUUAGUACGACACAAUCGUCCAGCAAUAGCGGCAACAGCGGUAAUACAAACAACAGCAAUUCUAGCAACGUCCUUUCAUCUCCAUCGAACAUCGUCAUCCUGGAUAAUCAAAUCCUCGACAGUAACGACGUUGUGGCGGCCGCAGGUCUUCAACAGCUGUCUGGCGCAGGACCCGGCAGUUUAAAACUGACGACCAGGGAGUGUGCCGUGCAGUAUUCGAAUUUAAUCAGUAACUACUCAGCAAGUAGCAAUACCCAUAGUAAUGCAACCAUCAUAGCAAACAAUAACAGUUCUCAAAUGAAUACCGUAAAUAUAAUACCGGGGGAUGCCACUCAGACCAGCUCACGAGUGCAAGUAUUGAGUAAUGUACAGUUGGUGUCCUCGAAGAAUGCCACUCAGCCGUCUACGUUCAGUUACGUAGACGCUAGUGGUAAGAAUUUUAACGUCCUUACAUCGAGUGGCAAGAUUGGUCCUAACAAGCUGAUAAGCGUACCAAUAACUAAGGUGAAAACAUUUAACAACAUCGCACAGCAGCCACAACUGUCAUCGCAGCAAAAUCCAAUUGUGUCAUCCCACUUACCGCAUCAGCACCAACCAGUUCUACAAACACAAGUUGGAAACGUACAGAAGGUGACUGUCCCGCGUAACAUUCAACUGGUGACACGAAUACCGAAUCCUCCAACGAUUUCGGUUAGCAAUGGACGAGUCUCACAGAUUACUCCCACUUUAUCGUCAACUACCCAACAACAACCACCAACUCAGCAAUUUACCAUUCAGCAGUAUGCGGAUACCAGCGCUAAUAUGCCUCCCAGUUUGGAGAUUCGGUCGUCGGUUUCCGGUCCGAUCAUCAACGCCGCCAACCCCGGCAAUGUUGGCAAAGUUGCGUCCAACAAAAGCAAAAAUAUAGCAUCAUUGAAGAUGAUGCCAAACUCCCAAAUGAACCAACCAAGUACAACAAUGCCGACCAAAACGGUUGGCAAAAGCAUGAGUGUUAAUUUGAAAAGCGUACGGAACAAUUCUAAAUCCAGUGCAUCCGGAAUCAAUUCGCAAUAUUAUAUUAAAAAUUCAUCUAACGGAACCCUACAGCAACAACCGGGAACCACCACAUCUAUUUAUACAACCUCUCCAGCUCAAGCCGUGUAUCAUAAUCCGACGCCUCAUCCACCACAGCAACCUAUCCAAAUCCCAGUCAGCACCACCACCAUUACCGGGAAAGGUAGAAGCGUGUACAAAACAUCAAAAAACCAGUUGAUCCAGAUUCAACAGCAGCAGCAGCCCCCUCAUCAGUCUCCCCAGAGAUCGAUAACUCCCUCGUCCAGUCCGGUCAGCGGAAGCAUUCCACCAAAUACGAACUACGGCAGUAUUGUCUCGUCGUCGAUGGUUCCAGGUAACCGUUAUCAGAACUUCAAUUCGUAUCCAAUCCCAGCUUCUCAGUCCCAGUCCAGUAGCACAACGUCCGUCAGCAACAACUAUAAACCGUUUAAUCAUCUCUACGCAGGUGCUACAUCGUCGUCUUCAGUGACGUUCGAGUCAUCUGGAUCUCCGUCGGUGACCAUGGCGAGUAGUGGAAGCGGUAGCCACCAUGAGCAUCCAAUUCCAUCGGUCACCGUCACCGGUUAUAGCAGUUCUACCGGAAAGAACAAGAAGUAUGCUUCCGCCUUUCAAAACGAAAGCAAUAGUCCCGGGUUUGUGUUGUCGCCUGUAAAAAUGAAGGGUACAGGUCGCGGUCGGAAUAACAGCAUGUCCAACUACCAGCCGACCGAAGCCGCUACUCCGUACCAGCGGUAUUCAACUUCUCCAUCUCGACCGCUGCAACAGUUCCAAGCAGCAUCACCCGUUGGUAACUCUGGACCUGGACAAAGUCAUCUGCAUCAACAUGCUUCAACCAGUGGAAGAGAAGACCAAGCUUUCCUUAACGGUCAGCAAAUGACCGACGAAUCGUCUGCACGUAUUCUACAGAGCCUAUCACAACGAGCGCCCGAGCCGAACAAAUAUGGCAGCAGUUACAAACAACAGCAGUUUACGUUCUACGGUUCGGAUAAUGUUCCCCAGUCUCCUACGCCGAAUUUGUCUGCACCACCCAGCGCCAGCAAUGCGAAUACAACAGGAGUCGUCUACGAUCCCAGUGAUUCCAGGUUCUACGAAGAUAAACCCGAUGGCAGGCGGACAAGCUCAUCGGAGGUCAUCACCUACGCAGACAAUAUUCCUCUACUAGAAGGUUAUCCUGCAAAGUAUGAUGCCUAUAACCAUCCUGAUGACAACAUUAUCGAAGAAGUGAGACCCGCUCCGGUAGAUGUCUCCAACGGCCGGUUUUACAUCUUGCAGGCAGUUCUCCAGGAUCAUACUUAUUUCGCUCCGUCACCAGAGCCGAAGGUACCGGAGGCGCAAUCACAACCAGCAGCGGUGACAACACUCCCGCAGCAAAUCCAACCAGUGGUUGCUUCUGUGUCGCAUCACCCACCUCCUUUGCAUCACCACCUACAAGUGCAACCUUCCUCUCAACAACAGCAAUAUUUGCAGCAAUCUCAUUCACCGCAACCACUACAACAGCAUUCAAUUUAUAAGCACCACUCCGUCUUAUCUGCACCAAUUGCUUCGGUUGCUCCUACUGUGACAACUCCCUCGUCAGCUCCAAUCAAUGCUACAAUGUCCUCGUCUGCAGUAGCGGUUCCGUUAACCCAAAUGAGUUUGAACACUCUAACCGCCAUCACAGUUGGUUCUAGUUCUCCGGUAUGUCCAUCGAUCGUCACCACUACCACCCCAGCGGUUGCCAACCAGCAGCUGCAGUCGCAGUCGGUGAUAUCAAACAGCACUCUGGAUUACAUCUACCAGCGGCAAGCUCCCCAGGAUGACGAUGCAAACUCUGUCAUUAGUACGGGUUCGCGGAAUUAUAACAACAUGGACAUCGAUUUGGGCGAGGAAACCGAAACGGCUCCGGAGGGCGAAGGCGAGGACGACUCCGUAACACGGUGCAUUUGUGAUUUAACCCAUGAUGAUGGCUACAUGAUUUGCUGUGAUAAAUGCUCCAUUCCUCUCGUCCCUAACAGCGCCUGGCAGCACGUAGACUGCAUGGGCAUCGAUCGGGCUAACAUUCCGGACGAGUACAACUGUGAGGUGUGCCAGCCAAGGCCUGUAGACCGGGAUCGCGCCCGGACGCUGCAGUUGGAAAAGCGGAAGGAACAAUCUCUACUCCUGGCGAACAACAAUCUCCAAACACCGCUGGGCGAUGCAUCCGUAUCCAGUACGAAUCUGAUGGGUAUCGCCGGUUCAGGGUCAACCUUGGGCAUUGUAAACAGUGCUAAAGGUGCCAACCAGUACACCACUGGUAAAGCUUUGGCCGGUACGAAGAAAAGCAAGACCACGAGUGGCUCGAAAAAGAAAACAGGAGAAAGUGCUGCUGCAAAGAAGGCAGCCAAGAAGGCUUUGGAUGCUCUGAAUCGAGUCAACGGGAAAAGGAAAGAGUUGAAGAAACCGUCGAAGAAGAAAGUCAAGACGACUGAACAAAACGCAGAAAAGAUGUCCAACAUGAUCCGGACGUGGAUUGACAAUUACGAGCGCGCCGUAACGAACCAUUAUUCGCCAGAACUGCGCGCUCGAUUGACGGCUUUCGGCAAAAUGCAAUCUCAGAAUCCUUUGCUGAAUUCGGAUCGCUUGAUUACGCCAGGGUCGGUAACGAAUUUAUCGCAAAAAUGUACCACUGUUCCUCAUGCUGGCGGGAAAAUUUUGAUCAGCAUUGAAGAAAUUCCUCCAAAGACUCCAAUUAUCGAAAUACGAGGGAAGUACAUGCUCUCUUCUCAGCACAAACAGCUCCAAUCGUUAUUCAACAUGGCAGCGAAUGGAAAGCUGAGCAACAACAAAAAUGCUGGUCCGUUUUUGUUCCUCUACCAGGUGACGCAAGGUGGAAUGGAGCUUUGUGUCGACACUCGAACGUACGGAAAUGAUGCUCGAUUUGUUCGACGAUCCUGCAGGCCUAAUGCCGAAAUUCUCCACAAUGUCGAGAAAGGGGUGGUGCACCUGUAUGUUGUUUCAACGGCAAACAUCAAAUCCAAUACCGAAAUUACUAUAAAGCAUGAUGAGCAGCUGAUUCAGAGGGUAGGUGGGGUCGUCAUAUUGACCCAUACCACCGUGACGAAGCUGUGCGCCUGCGGUCUGAUCAAGGAUUGUCAAUAUUCAGCACAAUUGAGUGAUGGGUUGCUUCCUGCGACCAACACUAUUGGACCUAAUGUAGCUGCGAUUUGUGGAAGCUUGCCGAAUGUUCCAGGAGUUGUCAGUAGUUCGACGCCGGUUCCUAAAGUGACUAAAAGUAAGAAAAACAACGGUGCUCUAGGAGAUGGCGAGAAGAAGCCCGCCAAAAAGCGAAAUAGUAGAUCCACCAGCUCAAACGCUGAAACUCGUCUUCGGUCAAUAUCGUCCAGUGGAGACAGCACCAGUGAAUUGAUGAUGUAUGUCCAGCAACAAUCACAAUCACUGCAACAGUCUCCUCUGCCGCAACAACAGCCUCCUUUAUCCCCAAUACAACCGGUGCAGCAAUUCCAGCCAACUCCAUCGCAACUGGUGCAUCAACAAUUACAACAAACUGCAAUGCAUUUCAUGCAACAACAACAUCAACAACAGUCUCAAACUGGUUUGAUGCAGCCAACGCAGCCAGUUUAUAUGUAUAGUCCACCUUCAACACUACAAUCCCAACCUCCGGCGCUGGCACCACCAUCAGUGCAGUUACAACCACCGGUCAUACAUUCACAAACACCGCCACGCCCUCCCAUGAGUCCAGUAAUGAAUGUUACUCAACAUAGGGUAGGAUUCUAUGCUGAGAUUAAGUCACCCAUUAAUUCACCACCUCCAUUCAAUAUGAGUGGACCACCGCCGUUGGUGAUUCCAUCAAUGCCAUCACCAGUUAAGACCUCGUCGCAACAACCUCCUCCGUUACAACCCAUGUCGGAUGUUUCUCAUCCUUUGGGAGUGUCGAGGAAUGUUCCUGCCUUGGCCAUUUCCAAUCAUUCCCAUCCGCCGUUGCAAGACCAGGCACGAAUGGAUUCUAUUCAGCAACAGCAUCAAAUCAUGGAAGAUAUAAUCAAGAUCAAAAUCAAAUCGCCAAAAGCCAGUCCAAUAAAGCAAGACUAUUCUCCGGUACCAUCAGUCUCACCGACAAAGGUGGCACCAACUUGCAUGUUGUCUCCGCCCCCACCACCACCAAUUCCAGUCGCUCAGAGACCACGCUGUGCGGAGAGUCUGAAACAAGAGCUUUUCCAAUCGCAUUAUCAAGCGCCAGUUCGGCCUCCAUCACCGGCGCCUAUGAUAGUUUCAUCUCCGGUGAAAGUUGAAUAUCCUUCGCUUUUGGAAUUGAAACAGGAGCCUGUACCUGUCAACAAUGAACCACAACCUCUGGUUGUAGAUGAAAAACCACCGUUGCUGGUAGAGAUUAAAGAAGAGCAAGAUAUCAAAUCGGAAGUUGUCCCUGACACAGAACCACCGGAGGUGGAAGAAAAAUUAUUGCCUGACGUCAAAAUCGAAGCAGAGCCCUCUCCUAUGUUGGAAUCUACAGUGAAAGAAGAACAAAUUGCCGAAUCUCCGAGCGAAAUAGAUAGCAAAGAAGGAAUAGAACCUGCGAGUUAUUGUGACAGUGCUAACAGUUCCCCAGUAAAGUCAUCUCAGCUAUUGCUUCAAACUCCCGGCGGCAAUGCAAGCGGUGUGAAUAGUGCGCACAGUUCCCCACAAUCCACAUCGUCGCCGCAUCUUCCUCACAGUGGAAGUGGCGGCAGCAGCAGCAAAAAGAAAAGCAACCCCUUCAAAGAUUCCACUGCUACAGAGAAGAAGGAAAAGCCACCAUCGAGGAAAUUGACACGAGAAGAACGUAAAAUGGAGGCCAUCGUCAAGGCGUUUGAGAAAAUGGAGCAAUCUCAACAGCGGAAACAAGAGCUGAAGGAACAACGCAAAGAAGGAAAGCGACGAAGUGUUUCCUCGUCUACGCCAGAUGAGAGUAUUCCUUCAGGUGGAAGUAGCGCCACCAAAAAGAAGUGCUUGAGUUCUCAAAAACGGAAGAAAAAGAAAAGUAAAUCCUUGAGCCAACACUUCGGAUCUCCGAAUCAGAGUCGCAAGAAGAAAGUGUCAAAGUCGGCAAAGAAGAGCAAAAAUGCAAGAGUAUUGGCAUUGGAUAAGGGAACUUCUAAGCAACCAUACGAAAGUAAGGAAGCCGAGUUGCUGCUAACGUUCUCACAAUCGGGCGAACCCUCAACGCAAACCUAUUUUGGAGAUGACGUAAAACCUCUGGCGGACGUUGCGCCUGCUAGUAACAGCGAAUCAGUGCCAUCGGCGGCAGCAAGUUUGCCGUUGCUAAGCUCCGCCUGUAUGUUGAUAGAAGCAGCCGUAGGGCCAUUGGAGCAAGUGCCUAGCACCAGUGCAUCAACGAUAGAUCAGGACUUUAAGUUCCCACAGAAAGCAAAGACCAAGAAGAGCAUGAGUCGCGAGUGGUUGAGUGGUCAAGCAGUGGAUGCAUAUCGCAGAAACACACCGGAUCAGGACUCGGGGUAUAUGAGUGAAGACAAAUCACAUGAAUAUCGUAGGACACCAUUCGAGGAUACUGGUCUGACGCCGUUAGGUGUGGAUGUGAGCGACCCAAAUAUAGGCAUAGUGGCGAAAAAAGUUGAGGAAUUCAUUGCGCAAAACUCGCCUCAACCGGAAGAAGUAACAACUGUUUUUAAAUGGGAUGAAAAAGUCAGCGCAAGUUCCACUUCAGUUAGCAAUUCCCAGGAACAAGCUCAUACUCCGACAAGUGCUGGAAACGUAUCGGAAAGUGCUGCUGCCAAGAAGCGUUGGCUGCGACAGGCCAUUUCCGAAGAGACGGACGAAUUAACGCAAGCUUCCUCAUCUCCUCCGCCAAAUGGUUUUACCACGCCACUAAAGAAACGACGUGUUAUUCGACAAUCUGACGAAGUAAUCCAAUCUCAACCUCAACAGCAACCUACCCUGAUAUCGGCCCAAAAGAUUGACUUUGCAGAUCUGCCUGCAACACAACAUCAACAACAACCACUGGUGAUCAAUUCUCAACAAAGCUUUGCGGACAGUGGUCUACAGUGGCCAAAUUCCGGCCCUCCUCCGCUGUCGUAUCCCUUUGGUGUGUCUGAAAGUAAACAAGCAAUGGACCUGUCCAGGACAGCAGUUCCUCCAAUACGGUUACAACAACAAAGGAUACAACCUUAUAAAAUAGUCCCCAUCGCACAGGCGUUAACCCCAUUACACUUCAGCGAUCCUGGGCCGCUGCCAACGCCACCGGCAGUUACGGUGCCGAUUCCGCCAGUACAAGCUCACCAUCACCUUAUUCCAGUAGAAUCUCGAGAAAUCUUAAGGCAAACUACUCUUCCACCUCCACCACUUGUGACCCAACAACCACCGCUGAUCACCUCAUACGAAAAAGUCCCCCCACCACCAGCGUCAGCUGUUGCUGCAAUGGUUCCGGCUUCGCUUCUUCCUCCGGAAGUACCUUUCGUUACCUCUGCAGAGCUGCAACAACAAGCUCGCAUCGACAUCAGCUAUCCGAGCCCCGCGCAACCAACGGGUAUUACUCGUAGCAAAGGUAGCCAGAAGUACAUUGGCAGUCCUGCCAAAUUCCAACCUUCUUCGCCAUGCGAAUCGCUCAGUUCCAGCGUGGCAGAAACACCGGAAAAGAACUCGGUAGCCGGCAGUAACAGUAGUGGCAGUUUGGGAAACUCUGAUGUCGAUGACGAUGCUCAUGAAGAACUUGCCGUGAAACCAGAAGUAGAACAGACAUCUGCUUCAAAAGAGAAAGAGGAGUGCUCGAAAACUAAAACGAGUGAAGAAUCUGAUAAUGGAAGUUUAUCAGUAACUGAAAGUUCAACUACAUUAACUAGCAGUACGAGUUCUACCGAUAUGAAUGCUUCUGAAUCGUCCUUACAGAAAGAUGUAACAGUGCAACAGGAACAAGUGACAGUUCAGGAACUUGCACACGAAGAAGCCGAAGUAGAACAGAUGGAUAUAAGUGAAACAGUGAUGGAUUCAACGAUAGAAGCGCUUGUACCACAAACCGAAGAAGCAGCUGAUGAGCGGGAGGAUAUCAAACCCGCGGUAACAACAAAAAAGAUUGAAAGCGAAGUACCCAGCCUGAAGAUAAUGGCGAAUAGUAAGGCCUUAAAUGGACGAGAGAAACGUGUACCGGCUGUUCCUGAAGUGGAUCGUGAGAAGAAUGAGCUUGAGGACCUACAGAAAGCUAUAGCCUCUUUUCAUUCGCAAAACAUCAUGAAUCUGAUCUCUCGGAACAAGAAGUCUAAGAAAGUCGUCACCCGUGAGAACAGUGUUGAUGGUAAGACUGGAUUGUCCAAGAAAACUACCAGAAGUAGAUCGAACGCAUCAAGCAAGGAGGGAAGUGUUACACCGACAGCUCCGCCAUCCCCCUUGGACGAUGAGCAAGAAGUACCAGAUGUUGUCGAAUCGGUUCUGGUUGGCGCUUCAGAAGAAUCAGCAAUCGUUUCAGAACCAGAACCUGUACCUGCACCCGUACCUGCGCCCGUGCCUGCACCAACGCCAGUUCCAUCUCCAAUGGAGGAACCGUCAUUAUCUACUCUUGGUCGAUCCUACUCACAUCCAUCCUGGCAUACGACGGACACUUUCCGAGAGUCCACCGCGGAUGUGCGCAACAGUUAUUCGACACUCCGACCGGAUAUUCCCCAGAUCAAUUACAACUCGCCCAGUACAUACCAAUCAAAGGCAGCUCGCGAACUCUUGUCAUCCCUGUCGUCUGGAUCUGAACCACUGUCCAGCUUCUCUAGUUACCGCUCCAGCACAUCCUCAUUCUUGGACUAUCCCAAAUCGUCAAUAGUUGGGAGCACUGCGACAACGAGUAGUAGUGGUACCAACAGCACCACCUUUCAGUACAGAGCUUCCAGCGAAAUAAGCUCACUGAUUGAUAAAGGAUUCUCCAGCUCGCGACCAUCCAGCUUCUCAUCGCUUGGCCCAGAUCGAAGCACGGAUCGGGUGAGCAGUUCCUUCCUACUUUCGUCGACUAAAGUCACCGACAAUCUGUCGACACUGGGAUCGACGGGCAGUGCCUAUCCAAAGAUCUUCACCAAAACCGCCAGUUCGGAUCCGAGAUUGAAUCCUGCCCUGACUACACCUGAACCACCGGCGUCUGUUACUCCAAAGCGAAAACUAUCCAUCAACGAAUACCGCCAAAGGAAAAUGCAGUCCUGUAGCACUACCACCUCGUCCUCGGUUGCAGUGUCUUCGACGGUAGCUACCAGCACGACGAUGACCCCUGAAUCUGGUAGCAGUAGCUGUAGCAGCAGCAACAACAGCGAUGCCGGUGGUAGCAGCCAGAUAAGCAGUAGCCUCGGCAGUAAUGAUGUGAGUAGCUCCAUCAGCAAAGAACUGGAAUUGGAACUGGAACUCGGAGAGGAGAAAGCAUCAAAUGAGGAUGUCGAAUCGAAGGGAAGCUUGAAUGAGACGGUCAGCUCCAAGAUGACAACCGAACAGAGCGAACCUUGUCUAACGGAAGGAACAGUGUGAUUCGAAUGAUUUGACUAAUCAGUAAAAGAUGGAAACUAGCUUUAGUUGAAAGUGGCGUUUCUAUUGAACUAAUUCUGGCUCAAUAGACGACGCAGUUCAACGACAACUUUCAAAGGUUGAUCUACAAGUGCAUCACAUAUUGGCCCUAGUUCAGUCAAUGAAGAAAUUGAGCAUGACCUACCGCUGAUCACCACCAGCGCAGUAGAUAUCAACAAGGAAGAUGACAUGUAUAAAAAAAACUACAAACCACAAAGCAAUUAAAUGCAGUCUUGGACGGCACGCUGGUCACAAGGUGUACCAGCCCGGGAACGUAGCCAGCAGUUACGGAGUGAUAUAUGGAGAAGGUGUGGAAACAGAGAAACGCCUGGCGCGCAAAUAAGAAGAGAUCUUUUGUAUUGUUUUUUAUUAGCAAAGAACAGUUUGAAAGGAAUUAUAUACUUCUUGUGGAAGUAAAGAUGAUUCGUAGGAUAUAUUGUGAUGUUCUGAUGAAGCUCCUAGGUUUAGUGCCGUAAUUGUAAUAUUGUAAUUUAGGAUCAAGAGUAGUUUUCGAAUAGCAUUAGACGGAGGUCGCUCCCAGUUCGAAGCCAUUUUCUGUUUGAACGAUGAUGAUGAAGUCACAUAACAUUGCGAGCGCCGCAUCUAUGUAGAAUAAAAUACAUUGUAUAAACUGUAACAUUCGUUCAUAGCGCCCCUUUUCUGUUUGCCACAAACAAUUUUAUUGACAAUUUGAACGAAAUAAAUAUCAACUACUUGUGUAAA